AGCGCUCCAGACUCUACCCGUGAGCAGAGGCUCUAGCAGAGAUUUCUAUGUGAAGCACGCUGUCAUCGGGCUAGGCGGGUGGAUGCCCCACAUGUAGGAGCAGCAAUCAACCCAAUAUCUGAGGACAAAACACCGUUUGUUAUGAGUGAAUGCGUCGGUGAAAAGCUACACAAACAUUGUGGGAUCUUAUGACAUACGCUGGUACUCAGAUACAGGCCUGAAUAAUAUCAUUGGACGCAUAUGCAUAGAAAUCGUGGAUCAUUUGGAAGAAAUUGCACUGAAACGAUGAGUUGCAGAUGGGGGACAGAGCUGUGGGACCAGUUUGACAACUUGGAAAAGCACACCCACUGGGGCAUUGAGUUUGUGGAGAGGUAUACAAAGUUUGUUAAAGAGAGAUCUGAAAUUGAAAUCAGCUAUGCAAAACAAAUCAGAAACCUCUCUAAAAAAUAUCAGCCCAAGAAAAACUCAAGAGAGGAAGACGAAUACAAGUAUACGUCCUGUCGGGCCUUCCUGAUGACCCUGAAUGAGCUGAACGACUAUGCCGGACAACACGAGGUCAUCGCUGAGAAUCUCACCACUCAUAUCAUCUGUGAGCUGACACGCUAUAUCCAGGAGCUGAAAGCAGAGAGGAAAUCGCAUUUCCAUGAUGGCCGAAGAGCUCAGCAACACAUUGAGAAUUCUUGGAAACAACUGGAAUCCAGUAAACGGAGAUUUGAGAGAGACUGCAAAGAGGCGGACCGAGCCCAGCAGUACUUUGACAAGAUUGAUGCUGACAUCAAUGUGACCAAAGCAGAUGUCGAAAAACGGUGCUCUCUCAAGGCCAGACAGCAGGCCCAGUUGAAACACCAAGUGGCAGAGGACAGCAAGAAUGAAUACCUCACCUACCUGCAGAAGUUUAACAAGGAGCAGAAUGAACAUUAUUAUAGCCUUAUACCUCACAUCUUUCAGAAAAUACAGGAGAUGGAGGAGAAAAGGAUCGAGAAAGUGGGAGAGUCUAUGAAGACUUACGCAGAGGUCAAUCGAAAAGUGUUACCUAUUGUUAGCAAAUGCUUAGAUGGCAUGACCAAUGCAGCAGCAUCCAUCGAGCCAACAAUGGAUACCAAGCAGGUGGUGGAGUCCUUCAAGUCUGGCUUCGAGCCACCUGGCGACGUAGAAGUUGAGGACUAUAGUCUGUCUAUGAGGCGGACCGUGUCAGAGUCCAGCUAUCUGAACUCGCGGGGGGAGGGCAAGCCCAGCCGCAGCAACAGCAGGGGCAAACUAUGGCCUUUCAAGAGAAACAAGCUCAUGUCUUUGUUAGCUUCCCCACGCCAACCACCUCCUCCCCCCCCUACCUCCCCAUCACCCGGUGCCGUGCCCAACGGCCCCCAGUCUCCCCAGCAGCCCAAGGAGCCCCUCUCCCACCGCCUCAAUGAGUUCAUGACCUCCAAACAUAAAAUGCAAUGUUUAAGGAGUCUGACACGCGGGCUUUCUCUCAAGCUGGGUUCUGGCCCUGAAGAUUGUAGUCACCUGCCUCCUGAACAGAGGAGGAAGAAGCUCCAGGCCAAAAUCAAUGACAUCAACAAGGAGCUACAAAAAGAGGUGGAUCAGAGGGACGCUCUGACUAAAAUGAAGGACGUGUACGUACGGAACCCACACAUGGGGGACCCCAACAGCGUGGACCCACGAUUAGAGGAGAUCGGACAAGAUAUUGACAAGUUAGAACUGGAUUCAAGGAAAUAUGAAGCCUGGCUGCUGGAGGUGGAGACAAGGUUAGCAGAAAAGAGUGACCCACACAGACGACAAAGUGGAUUGUACGACUCCAACGCUACUACACCUGUCAACAACAACUGUGCACCUGUCAACCGAGAGAGCCCGGACGGCAGCUAUACAGAGGAUCAUAGCACAGAGCAUCACCUCAAAUCUCGGAGCACCGACUUUGAUGAUGACUUUGAUGACGAGGACCCACUCCCCACUAUCGGAACUUGUAAAUCGCUUUACCCUUUCGAAGGUCAGAACGAAGGCACCAUUUCCAUGGCCGAGGGGGAGCUGCUGUAUGUCAUCGAGGAGGAUAAGGGUGACGGGUGGACGCGGGUGCGCAGGAACGAGGAUGAAGAGGGAUACGUUCCCACAUCUUACAUCAAGGUCUUUUUCGACACAAAUGCCAAAGGUGCUAUGACAUACAUAUAAUUGUCAUUUUAUGAGAUGGGCAAUGGGUGGACAAACAUAUACAAAAAUCUCUUUGACAUUUCAACCCCCCUGAAGUUUCCGAAAUAUCCAAGAAUCAUUUUGGAGACGGAACUCGCAGAACAACGGACUGUAUUUACAUUUGUACUUGUGCUUUUUACCUUCUACCAUCUGGCACCCGUUCAAACUCAUUUUGGAGAAGUCUUUGUUUGUGUGUAUGAACAGGUGUGGAUGUGAUAAGUUGUCAGAACCAACUCGACACCGCUGUCGAUAUCAGCUACACCUUGCUUCUAGCACUAAUAGUAAUAACCAAACGUCAAUUUCUUGAUUUAUUUGACCAACAAAUUUAGAUAUGUACAGUAAGGCUUCUCAUAUUAGAAAGCAUUGCAUCUAAACAUAUCAAUUCCUCUUUGGAAUAGCUAUUAUUGCAUGCCUAAAGACAAGACUCAUGGUAUGCAGGUUAUGCUCUUCCAGCCUCCACUGCGUUGCAUGCACAGUACAUAGUAUAUCUGCGCUUGAGCAGCGACCAUCAUUGCUGUAAGCUUGCGAAGCAGAGAGGCAAACUAAAUCAGCUGUUGCAUGUGGACAUGUUUCAAAGUAUCAAAGAGAGGACAUGACUUUUUACACAGUAAAGCAAAAAAAACAAUGUGAUAGUUAGAAAAGGACACUGCUUGCACGUUGUCUUGAUUAGCAAUAGUACGACAUACGAGUGUAUUCCCUUCUACAAGCUGUUGGCCCUCCUCCAAAAUCUGACAAAGGGGCUUCAUUGAAGGGCCUAAACUACUGAAUGUCGCGCUAAGUCUACAGUUGUGUUCUCGACAGAUAGACAGUCAUUUCAUUCUGAGACGCAUGGUGAUGCACCCGCCAUUCCAUCAUUGGCAUGAUAUUGAUUUCUUGUUUUUAUAAUGAUCAAUCUAUCCCUGCUUUAUUUGAUACUGAGUUGUUCUGCAUGCUUGAACCAAUUGACAUGACAAAUUAAGUCAAAUCAGAUGAGCAUAGUAUUGUAACCAGGUAGUAUUUCUGUUUUGAAAAUGAUUAGCACAUGUAAACCUAGAGUUUUCUGUCUUUAAUUUGCCAUUGACGUUCAGACUCACGCCCUCGAGCAGCAUAGACUCGACUGUAUGCACACGUAAUCUGCCGGGAUGAUUGUCAGAAUGUGAAGGAAUGUCAUGGGUUUACUUUCGCUUCUCUUAAUGCAUCACCACUAACAUGUCUUGUGUGAUUUUUGUUUGUUUGUUUGCUUUUUUGUUUGCUUUUUUCUUAUUGCAGAUUCCUAAAAGUCUCUGGCUCGCACAGGGAUGGCAGGGCACAGGUCCUUGCGAAAAAGAGCCCUCCUCUUAAAACUGUAGUCAGAGAGACGACAGACUAAAGGGACAAAGUUGCAAGGCAGUCCAAUUUGCGACCCAGUACAGAAAUCCAUUGCGGGUUUCUAUUGAAUGGAUCAAAAACAACACACAUUGCGGGGCAACUACCAUUUCUAGUCAUUUUCCUCUUGAUUGUCUCUGCAAGCUUGCUUCUUGUUUUUCUAACUGGAGAUAAGUAUCAUGUUGUGGGCUGCUUGCUGUUCUACUGUACCUUGGCCCCCAGGGGCGGUACUUGUUUCAGGGGAGAGGAGUCUGAGACAGCCUUGUUACACAUUGGUGGCUAUUCUAAACCUGCAUUUCAAUCUAUCGUCACAAACAAAUUCUACACUGUAGGAAAAAACUUAUGGAAAAUACCGCGACACUUUGGCUGAAAUUCCAUUGGUUAAUUCCCAUGGUGAAGGAAAAAAGCC